UGUGAUGGAUGGUCACCACCAACCAUUGAUAACUCCAUCUCUUCUUCCCAACCUCCCUCUCUUUCUCUCUCAAAGCUCCUCCAUUUCUCUUCUCUUUGAGUUCCAUUCCCACAUGUCCCAUCUCUCUUACCUUCUCCAACCAAAAAGCUCACACCUUUCCUCACUCUCACCUUCAACCUCAAGGUCUGGAUUCCAGAGAACCAGCUGCCGCGGCGCCGUCAGAGAGCUGCCCCAGAGCUUAGACACAGGGCCCCAUUCGCCACCAACCAUAUAUACUCUUUCAGAUUCUUUUGACUGCUGUUCAUAUAGAGGAAAUGGCCUUGUAGCUUCUCUUCAUUGGUGCUGUUGAGUGGGUAUAAGGGGAGGAAGGAAGGAUUUGGCUUUCUGGGGAGAUUGGUCUUUUGAUUUGAAGCCAGUCUGAAUCCUUUCUUCAGAAAAAUGUCAUCUCCGGAAGGCUCUCUGAAUGAACAUUUAUCCGGAAGAACAUCCAUUUUUGGUCUCAAGGUGUGGGUUUUGAUCGGGAUAUCUGUCGGUGUGUUCAUGCUGUGUAUACUCUUGAUAUUAGUCAUAUAUGUUAAUGCUCGGACUAAGAAAAAGCUAAGAAGAUCUCGGAACAAACUUCCUGUCUACCAAAUUCCCAUUUUCUCAAAGGAAAUCAAGGAAGUGAAAGUGGAACAACAAUUUUCACCUAAUGACUUUGUGGCACAUGAGGGGAUUCUUCUUGCAAUUCAAGAGAAAUCCAAUGUAAAGGAUUCUGAUAAGGUCAUGCUCCAUUUGGGAUAUGCAGAUGAGAAGAGUCACUCGGGUUCAUUUUGUCACACAGAAAAAGAAUUUGGUUCUCAAUCCGGGGAUGAAGGGAGUUCAGGGAAGGUAACUUAUCACCGGCUGUCUGAUUCUCAUUCCAUAGCUGGCCCUUCGCCUUUGACCGGCCUUCCAGAGCUCUCUCACCUUGGAUGGGGCCACUGGUUCACUUUGAGGGACCUAGAAACUGCCACAAAUCGAUUUGCAAAGGAAAAUAUUAUUGGGGAGGGUGGUUAUGGGGUUGUUUAUCGUGGUCAAUUGAUCAAUGGAACCUCUGUGGCCAUCAAGAAGCUACUCAAUAAUCUAGGACAAGCAGAGAAGGAAUUCAGAGUAGAAGUUGAGGCUAUCGGUCAUGUCCGCCACAAAAAUUUAGUUCGUCUUCUAGGAUACUGUAUAGAAGGAACUCAGAGGAUGCUAGUUUAUGAGUAUGUUAGCAAUGGAAAUUUAGAAGAAUGGCUUCAUGGAGCACAACGGGAUCAGCGUUCUCUCACCUGGGAAGCUCGUAUGAAGAUUCUUAUCAGCACAGCUAAGGCUCUCGCUUAUUUACACGAAUGCAUUGAGCCAAAAGUGGUGCAUAGAGACAUCAAAUCAAGCAAUAUAUUGAUUGAUGAUGAUUUCAAUGCCAAGGUAUCAGACUUUGGUUUAGCCAAGCUGUUGGGUGCCGGUAAAAGCCAUAUCACCACCAGAGUUAUGGGGACAUUUGGUUAUGUGGCACCUGAAUAUGCAAACACUGGACUUCUUAAUGAGAAGAGUGACAUUUACAGCUUCGGAGUUGUUCUUUUGGAGGCUAUUUCUGGGAGAGAUCCAGUAGAUUAUGCCCGUGCUGUGCAGGAGGUGAAUCUGGUUGACUGGCUUAAGAUGAUGGUUGGGAACAAGCGUUCGGAAGAAGUAGUAGAUCCUUACUUGGUGCCAAGACCGUCGAUAAGGGCUCUCAAGCGCGCCCUUCUGACUGCUUUGAGGUGUGUUGAUCCAGAUUCAGAGAAGAGACCGAAUAUGGGUCAGGUUGUCAGAAUGCUUGAAUCUGAUGACUCAAUGCCACGCGAGGAGCGAAGGCGAAGACGGAGCCGAAACGGGAGCAGGGAAUUAGAAUUCCAGAGAGAGAGUUCUGAUACUGAAAAAAGUGACAAUCCUGAUACUAAGAUCAACAGCUCUAGAAACAAAACAUUGAAGAAAUGAAUUGACUCCUGAUGUUUCAUUUCUAAUUGCUCACAUCCCUUGGACCAACUGCUUGCUUCUGUUCUAACAGCAUUGACUGUGAAUGGGACUAUCUUUCCUACCCUUUUUUUAUUAUUAUUUUUCUUUUUGAUGUAUGUAUGGUGUUGUUUCAGAGUACUGAAAAGAUGUGUCUGUAGGGUUGGCUUAUCUUCUGUAAAUUUAAUUUUUUACAUGAAGAUGUAUUGAAUUUCCCUGAUUGUUAAAUUUAUUAGUAUGUUAUUGUACACUUAUACAUGGUCUCAGAUAUGUGAUUUAAGGUCUCUCAAA